AUGCCUUCGGAUUCAGGCACCCCCGAUUCAUCCGGUUCCAGGGCCACUUCCUUCGAGAAGAUUUCCCGCAAUCCCCAGGAGUUCCCUCUCCAACCCCUCGACCCCGAGGAUGAUGAUUCGGGAGGUAGUCCGUUUGUGAGCCUUUCGCGGGGGAGUUCCGACUCCGUACGGCAUGGAGAGGGCACGAGUGAGCCCCUGCUCCCGACGUCAAUGCCGGUGCCAAUGCCAAUGCCGCAUCUUGCUUCCCGGGAAAAGAUGCGAGGUCGGUUCUCCUCCAUCCUGUCGAGGAUCGGCGCCUGGAUGAAGGGACCCUCGCCUCCGCAUAAGUAUCGCAUCACGCCUUGGUGCUACCGGGCCCAAACCGCCCCCGGCCGUCUCGUCGAGCGAUACUUUCCGACGAGAGCAGCCAAGGUCUGGCUUCUGUUGGGCUGCGUGGGAGCUUGGGGGGUCAUCUUUCUCAGCUUUCUGCAUGCCUCGAUUGCGGGUCAGGAGAUACCAGGUUAUGGGAAACCCGUGAAACUUUCUUGUCAAGCACGGCUAUGGUCCAAUGCUACCAACUGUGGUCUCAAUGGCGAUAACUGUCGUCCUUUUGAGAACGGGGCAUUUGCUUUCCGAUGCCCUUCCAGUUGCGCCGCAGCCAUGGUACUCGAACCGUACGUUAUAGGCCCGGAAGAAAUCAACUAUCGGAGCCUGGUUAUCGGAGGAGCUUCUGAUGAUGACGCUAAGCCGGGUGUCUAUCGUGGUGACUCUGCCAUCUGUCCGGCGGCGGUGCACGCGGGCUUCGUCAGCGACCAGAAGGGUGGAUGUGGCAUUCUCCGUCGCACAGGUGAAAAAUCUGGCUUCGAACCCGUUGAGAAAAACGGCAUUUCGAGCGUUGGCUUCCCGUCGAACUUUCCCUUGUCAUUCACGUUUGGGAGCGAGGAUUCGGAUGAUGGCGACCUCAACUCCAAGUGCCAGGAUAUCCGGUGGUCGUUGUUUGCGUUCUCUCUGGUUGUGACGACGGUGCUAUCCCUCUUCAUCACUUCGCCUGCUGCCUUCUAUACCGCGAUCUAUUUUAUAGUAUACUUCCAGGUGGCCCUCUCCUCUGACCCACCUUAUUCUCCCGACUAUUACGAAAUCGUGUCCACCGCAUUAGGCCGCUUGAUUCCUUGUGCCUUCGGGGGAUGGGCGAUGUACUAUUUUUGCGUCCGGCAUACGUUGAAGGAUCUAGACGCCCACUGGGACAAGACAGUUCUUUGGCUGGGGACCUGCUGGGUUGGGGCGCUCAACACCGACACGUUCGAUAAAAUCCCGAUCUCUCGGCUUACUCCUCACGACAUUGAGCAACAGCCUGGGGCCAUCCCUGCGCUCAUCAUUAUUGUCGGCGUUCUCGUGUUGAUCGUGGUCGCUCAAGCCAUUGCCUUUCGCAACGAAGGCAGAAUGCCACGGAUGCUCGGGCUAUACGGGAUUUUGGUCGCCGGCAUCAUCGCCCUACUUCUUGUGCCUAACAUGAACCUGCGCAUCCAUCAUUACAUCCUGAGUCUGCUGUUCAUCCCCGGUACAACUCUGCAAACCCGACCCAGCUUAUUAUACCAAGGGCUGCUAGUGGGCUUCUUCAUCAAUGGCAUCGCACGAUGGGGUUUCGACAGCAUCCUCCAGACGCCAGGUGCCUUGCUUGAUGGUGCUCAGUUGGGUAGUAUUCUUCCGGAGAUUGGACCACCACUCGUCCUCACGUCGCAGAACAUUGCUUUCGACCUCUCCGGCAUUAAACCCGAGGCUGAUGGCAUCAGCGUCUUGGUCAACGAUGUCGAGAGAUACCACUCCUUCAAAGCAGACAAUGGCUCGGUAGGUGUAUUCAACUGGACGCGCCACAGGGCUGACGAGCCCGAGUACUUUCGAUUUGGAUACGUCAAUACAAAAGAUUUGGGCGGCAUUUGGUACGAGGACUUCACCCAACCGGUGGCCUGGGAUGCCGAUGGCCGUUGGAACCAAACGGACCGUACCUAA